AUGAACCUGCACCAGGUGCUGACGGGGGCCGUGAACCCCGGGGACAACUGCUUCUCCGUGGGGAGCCUGCACGACCAGCCCUUCACGGCAUAUGCAUCAGGAUGUGAUAUUGUGGUAUUGGGGACUGACUUUGAAAGAUUGCAGAUAAUCCCUGGAGCAAAACAUGGAAACAUUCAGGUGGGAUGUGUGGACUGUUCAAUGCAACAGGGGAAGAUUGCAGCUUCUUACGGAAAUGUGAUUUGUAUCUUUGAGCCAGUUAGCCUCUUGAAGCAGAACAGCAAUAUAACUUUAUAUUAUCAGUGGCAGAAGAAUGCUCAAAUCUUACUGGAAGCUGUAGCACAUAAUCUAACGUGGGAUCCCACAGGCACUCGCCUUUUGACUGGUUCCAGUUGUCUUCAGCUUUGGUCCAAUGGUCCUUUGGAAAACCCUUCUGACAAUGACAAUAUUGAAAGAACAGAUGUUGGACUUGGAGAAUGGAAGUGUAUCUGGCAAUGCAAAACUGCUUCUCAAGUCUGUUUAAUGAAAUUCUCGCCAGACGGGGAGUUUUUUGCUACUGCUGGAAAGGAUGAUUGUCUUGUCAAAGUAUGGUACAAUACAGACAGUUGGCGAUCAGCUGUAACACCACCUGGCGCAAGUCCAGAAAAACAAGCAAAAGAAGUUGAUUUUUCGUUUGUUUAUUUGGCUCAUCCUCGAUCAGUAAACGCAUUUUCAUGGAGGAAGACCAGUAAAUUCAUGCCACGUGGUGCUGUCUGCAAUGUACUCCUGACCUGCUGUAAGGAUAAUGUUUGUCGUCUCUGGGCAGAGACUUUGUUACCCAAUGACAGUCUGUUGUAUGGUGGAGGAUACAACAACUGGAGUGAAGCAGCGAACUUCACAAAUAACUUCAAGAGAAAUACUUCAAGUAAGGAAAAAGUGCAAAAUGCUUUAGAGUUAAACCUGAGGCACUUCCGACGAGGAAGGAGGAGGUCGGGUGCUGUUGUAGCACAUACUGGAUAUGCCCCACAUCAGCAAGAUCCCCACGAAGUUCAUAGGAACAUCCCUCCUCAUGCAAAUGCACUUUGUCACUUCCAUAUUGCUGCCAGUAUCAAUCCAGCCACAGAUAUUCCUCUACUCCCUUCUAUCACAUCUCUGAGUCUCGGUGAAAAUGAAGAAAAAAGUGGACCUUUUGUUGUGCACUGGCUAAACAAUAAAGAACUUCAUUUUACCUUAUCCAUGGAAGUAUUUUUGCAACAACUUAAAAAGAGUUUUGAACAUCAUUCUUCUGAGACUAACACUGAGGAAUCUAAUAAAAUGGAUGGCAGAUCAGAAGAAGUUGAUGAAGAUGGAGAUGAACAAAAAGGAAACCAAGAAAAGAAAGAACUGGGUGAUGAGAAAACUACUCCAAAUUCAAGCCUUGUUCCUUUAUCUUCUGCUAUUAUUGAUCAUGAAAUUGAAGUACUACUUUCUGAAUGGAGUAAAAAUGCUGACAUGCUGUUCAGUAUACAUCCUAUGGAUGGUUCACUGCUGGUAUGGCAUGUGGACUGGCUAGAUGAAUACCAGCCUGGCAUGUUUCGCCAGGUGCAGGUGUCAUUUGUCUCAAGAAUUCCUGUUGCAUUUCCGACGGGUGAUGCAAACUCUCUUUGCAGAAGUAUAGUGAUGUAUGCUUGUACCAAAAAUGUUGACUUAGCUAUUCAACAAGGCAAACAAAAACCUCCGGGCCUUACACGAUCUUCAUCUAUGCUUAUCUCUUCUGGACACAGUAAAUCAACCAACAGUUUAAAACUAAGUAUCUUCACACCCAAUGUUAUGAUGAUUUCCAAACAUGCAGAUGGGUCAUUGAACCAGUGGCUAGUGAGUUUUGCUGAGGAAUCUGCCUUUUCAACUGUACUCAGUAUUUCACAUAAAUCCCGAUAUUGCGGUCACCGUUUUCAUCUCAAUGACUUGGCUUGCCACUCAGUAUUACCGCUGCUGCUUACAACCUCACAUCACAAUGCUCUAAUUUCACCAGAUUUUGAGAAUGCAAAACAGGCAAAUGAUUCUUUAAAGUCUCAGGAGUCACCAGUAAGACUUCAGAAUAGAGGCAAUGCAGAUGUAACAUCCCAGGAUCCCAAUGCAGUUUACAGUGAACUUAUUCUUUGGCGAGUUGACCCUGUUGGACCUUUGUCCUUUUCUGGUGGAGUUUCUGAACUCGCUCGGAUCAAUUCUCUCCAUGUUUCAGCUUUUUCUAAUGUUGCAUGGCUGCCCACACUUAUACCCAGCUAUUGCCUUGGUGCAUACUGUAAUUCUCCAAGUGCCUGCUUUGUGGCUAGUGACGGACAGCAUUUGAGAUUAUAUCAAGCUGUAAUAGAUGCUAAGAAACUUUUGUGUGAGCUCUCCAGUCCAGAAAUCUCUAAAUAUGUUGGUGAAGUUUUUAACAUCAUAAGUCAGCAAUCUACGGCUCGCCCAGGAUGUAUCAUUGAACUGGAUGCUAUCACAGAGCUUCAUGGCAGGAAAACACAGUUAUUCCAUGUUUUUCAAGAAGACUUCAUUUUAAAUAACCAGGAGAAGGAAAUACCUGAAAAGAACAACAAUUUCUCAGACUCUGGAAACCAACAGAAUGGAUUCUCUGAAAAAUUCUACUUAAUAGUAAUAGAGUAUACUCAAAACCAUUCAUUACUACAUAUGUGGCAUUUACAUUUGAAGUCAGUUCCUGUCUCAGUAGAUGAAAAGAUAGAUUCAAAUAUACCUGAAGCAGCAACACAAACGGAAGAAUUGUAUUCUUCACCAGAUCCAGAGAAGAUCCAAUCACCUUUCACUCAGAAGUAUCAGGCCUGUAGAGCAAACCUUCAGAGCACCAGCUGGCUUACUCUCUCUUCCAAAAUGGUGUAUAGUCAAGAGCUGAACUUGCCAGAAGGAGUAGAGAUAAUAAGUGUAAAGCCAUCAGCAGGACAUCUGAGUUCUUCUUCCAUAUAUCCUGUUUGUCGUGCACCGUAUCUGCUGGCUACUUCAUGCUCUGAUGGAAAAGUUCGAUUCUGGAGGUGCAGAGUUACCACUGAAUCAUCAGCAUCUUCCAUGCCAGAAUAUAGUGGACAUAGUAGCGUUACAUAUGUAUGGGAAGAAUGGCCAUUACUGAUUGAGGAUGGACUUCUUAGUAGUAGUGCUAUUAAUGUUCCAGGAAGGCCAGCUGAAGUUAGCUGUGCACACACAAACAGAUUAGCAGUAGCAUACAAGCAGGUAGCAUCUAAAAAUAGUCAUCUUUCUCAAGAUUUUAUAAUGCAUGUUAGCAUUUUUGAAUGUGAAUCUACAGGGGGUUCUUCCUGGAUUCUAGAACAGACUCUUCAUUUAGAUGAGAUAGGCACCAUGUUAGACUCUGGUGUUAGUAUUGAUAGUAAUUUAGUGGCAUAUAAUCGACAAGACAUUUCGCUGUCUCAUGGUGGGAAUAUUAUGCCCAGCACUAAGCACUUGGUACACUUAGAUUGGAUGUCUAGGGAAGAUGGUUCACAUAUUCUAACAGUGGGAAUUGGAUCAAAACUUUAUAUGUUUGGUCAGCUGUCUGGGAAAAUGCAAGAACAAAAUGGUAAGGAGAUUGUAGCAAUCUCCCAUAGUGGCAGUACAAAGGCUACAACCGUUUCUAGGUUUGUUCUGCUGCGUUGUGUUGACUUGGUUUCAUCUGUAGAAGGGUCACCUCCUUUUCCAGUCUCCUUGUCUUGGGUGCGUGAUGGCAUUCUUGUAGUUGGAAUGGAUUGUGAAAUGCAUGUUUAUUCCCAGUGGCAAUCUCCUUCCAAGCAGCAACUAGUUAGUACAGAUUCCUACGGUGGAAGUACGCCGUGUAUAACUAGCUUAAUGAAACAAAGCCAGUCAGCCGCCUCAGGUCUGCAUCCACCAAAGCGAACCUUGACCAGAUCUAUGGCCAGCCUUGCACAGAAACUUAGUGGGAAAAGGUCUGCCUGUGAUCUGUCUAUGGAAAUGGAAGAUUCUGGUCUUUUUGAGGCAGCUCAUGCAUUAUCUCCCACUUUACCUCAGUACCAUCCGUAUCAACUGUUGGAACUCAUGGAUCUUGGUAAAGUACGUAGAGCAAAAGCCAUUCUGUCCCAUCUGGUGAAGUGCAUUGCUGGAGAAGUUGUUGCUAUAAAUGAAUCUGAACCUAAUCAUGAUAAGAAGCUCCGAUCUCUGACCAUCAGUGCUAGUGGAAGUACUGCAAGAGAUCCCAAAACAUUCAGCAAAACUGAGACAACAGACUAUAUUGAAAUAGACUCUGUUCCACCAUUGCCUUUGUAUGCUCUGCUUGCUGCGGAUGAUGAUUCAUCUCAUUCCUGUUCAGAGAAGUCUAAUAAUCAAAAUAGUCAAAAUAAAAAAGAUAUGCCCAAUGACAAUUACGAAGAUCUCUUCCAAAAUGCUGUUAUAAGUACAGAUGAACUUGUUACAUUUGAUGCAGAAGACGACAGUUUGAAACCAAAAGUCAUCGAUCUUUCUCAGUAUAGCCCAACUUACUUUGGACCAGAGCAUGCUCAAGUCCUUUCUCGUCAUUUGCUUCAUUCAAGCUUGCCAGGUCUGACUAGAAUGGAGCAAAUGUCAUUGAUGGCCUUGGCAGAUACAAUUGCUACUACCAGUACUGACAUUGGAGAAAGUAGAGACAGAAAUCAGGGUGGAGAAACUCUUGAUGAGUGUGGUUUAAAAUUUUUAUUGGCUGUUAGGCUUCACACAUUUUUAACAACUUCACUGCCUCCUGUACAUCGAGCUCAACUACUUCACCAAGGCUUAUCUACUAGUCAUUUUGCCUGGGCGUUUCAUUCAGUAGCGGAAGAAGAACUACUGAGCAUGCUCCCUGCAGUGCAGAAAGGAGAUCCAACAUGGUCAGAACUCAGGGCUAUGGGUAUAGGAUGGUGGGUUCGAAAUAUCCAUAGCCUGCGGAAAUGCAUAGAAAAGGUGGCUAAAGCAGCCUUUCAGCGCAACAAUGAUCCACUUGAUGCGGCCAUUUUUUACCUUGCAAUGAAAAAGAAGACUGUGAUCUGGGGAUUAUACAGGUCCCAAAAAGAUACUAAAAUGACACAGUUUUUUGGAAACAACUUUACUGAGGACAGAUGGCGUAAAGCAGCAUUAAAGAAUGCUUUUUCUUUGCUUGGCAAACAGCGUUUUGAACAUUCUGCAGCAUUUUUCUUGUUGGCAGGACACUUAAAAGAUGCAGUGGAGGUCUGCCUUGAAAAACUGAAUGACAUUCAAUUGGCUCUUGUAAUAUCAAGACUUUAUGAGUCGGAGUUUGAAGUAUGUAGUACUUACAAAUCUGUACUACAGAAGAGAAUUUUGGGAAGUGUGUUUCCUGGAAAAGAGAGCUCAGGAAACAUGCACUGUGACCCUUUUCUGCGAAGUAUGGCUUACUGGAUUUUGGAAGAUUAUAGCAAGGCUCUUGACACGUUGAUUAAACAUUCUAUUGAAGAUGAAGGAGAUGGCUUAUCAAGUUGUAACCCUGCAGUGUUUAACUUCUAUAACUACUUAAGAACACAUCCUCUCUUGUUGAGACGUCAUUUUGGCUCUUCUGAUACAUCUUCCACACACAUUUGCCUAACAGUGGAAAAUGGUUUAGCUGACAAAAUCAACUUAGGCGAAAGACGGCUGUUUUUCACCACUGCAUAUGCUCAUCUAAAAGCUGGUUGUCCUAUGUUGGCCUUAGAAGUGUUAUCAAAGAUGCCGAAAGUUGUCAAGAGGUCAAAGUCUUUCUGUAGAUCCUCUAGUUUAAUGGAUACUAGUAAAGAUUUCUCACCGUCUUCUCCAGUUAAAGAGUUGGAAACAAAAGACCAGUCUUCCAGUGUUGAUUGGUCACAGCCAGUAUUGAAUGGUCUAGGUUCAUCUUCAGAUUGUUCAUCAGGAAAACAUUCAAAUUCAACUCUUUCCUUUGACUGGAGCCAGCCAAGGGUGAUAUUCCAGGAUGAACACUUGAAACUACAGUCAGACGGUGAUGAAAGUGAUGAGAGUGAAGAUUCUUCCCUCAUAAUGAAGGAGCUAAAACCUCUGAAGAAAGCUGAAAAAUUAUGUGAAACAAGUUCUAGCUACACAGAAUCUUUCAGUGUAGUUGAUGACAAAGAUAUUCUAAGUCCAUCAGAAGAUAUAAUUUCAGCACAGCUGAAGUUUAGAGCAUGCCUGAAAAUUCUUACUGUGGAGCUUCGUACGCUGUCCACUGGUUAUGAGGUGGAUGGUGGGAAGUUGAGGUAUCAGCUUUAUCAGUGGCUUGAAAGAGAAGUGGUAGCUCUUCAAAAGACCUGUGAUUAUAGUGUUGAAGUAGAAGAGAUACAGUCAGGAAUUAGUGUGAUGCCAGAGGAAGCUACAUUGCAUGAGAACACUGAAGACUUAGCUGACCAGCAAAAAAAUAUGCUACAGAAAGAAGACUUUCAGAAAAGACGUCAAUGGCUCCUGAAAUAUCAGUCUCUCCUAAGAAUGUUCCUUAGUUACUGUAUACUUCAUGGCUCUCAUGGUGGAGGUUUGGCAUCUGUCAGAAUGGAAUUAAUUCUCCUAUUGCAGGAAUCUCAGCAGGAGCAGUCAAUACAGAUACCUUCCAGCCCUCUACCAGAGCAAAGCUCCAUACCUCUCCUAUUUGCUUGCACAGCUAGUGCCAAAACAGUGGUGGCUAAUCCGUUGCUACAUCUUGGUAACUUAACUCAUGAUAUAUUACAUGCCAUAAUAAACCUUGAUUCGCCACCUCAUCCAGAUACUCAGAAUAACAAGAUAUAUGUAAUGCAUACCUUAGCAGCAUCACUCUCUGCUUGCAUCUACCAAUGUCUUUGUGAUGGCCACAGCUACAGCUCAUUUCAAGCAAAUCAGUUCACUGGAACAGUGUAUCAGACAGUGCUAUUAACUCACUGCCAUUCUCUAAGAACAGCAAGCUUAGAAGAAACAGUGACUCCCAAUACAUCACCCGCUCAGUGGCCAGGAAUAACAGCUCUGGUACGUCUCUUGAAUUCUGCUGGUGAGGAAGCCCAACCAGGUCUCACAGUUCUACUUUGUGAAAUUCUAACUGCAGUCUAUCUGAGUCUGUUCAUCCAUGGCCUAGCAACACAUUCUAGCAAUGAGUUGUAUAGAAUUAUGGCUCAUCCACUUAACAACAAAAUGUGGUCUGCUAUCUUUGGAGGAGGAGCUCAUAUGCCCAGCAGAGGACAACUGCCAUUAAAGACAAAAACUGUUUCUUCCUCUGUAGAUGAUGGAGAGAAACAGCAAAAGCGUUACAGGCUUUCAUCAAAAGCCUCUCCAAAAGAGAGUUCUCAGUCGCCUGCAUUGCCAUUGGUAGACCAAGAAUCUCCAUCUUACAAAGAAAGAUUUAUUCCUCCUGAGCUUAGCAUCUGGGAUUAUUUCAUUGCAAAGCCUUUUCUUCCAUCACAAAGUAAAGUUGAAUAUGAUUCAGAAGAGAGUCAGGAAAGUGGUGAAGAUGAUGAAGAUAUUGAUGGAGAUGUGUUUGCAUCAAAUUCACAUAAUCAAGAGCAUUCUAAUCCAAAUUCAUACAGUUGGUCACUGAUGAGAUUGGCAAUGGUUCAGCUGGUACUUCACAAUUUGAAGAUUUUCUACCCUUUGGCUGGACAUGAUCUUUCAGAGCUUCCAGUUAGCUCCCCGAUAUGCCAUGCAGUUUUGAAAACACUACAGUGCUGGGAACAAGUUCUUCUCCGACGUCUUGAGCUAUAUGGGGGUCCACCUCAACCUUAUAUUUCAGUUCAUGCUUCUGAAGAUGCCCUGGCUGCUGGUCCUGCAUUGCUUCGCCAUAAAACUUUACUUGAGCCUACAAACACUCCAUUCAGAUCUAACAGUCAUGUUGCACUAUCUGUGAAAAGGCUCUGGCAGUACUUGGUUAAACAGGAAGAAGUCCAGGAAACCUUUAUCAGAAAUAUUUUUACAAAGAAGCGAUGCCUAAAUGAGUCAUUAGAGGAGCACAAUGAAACCAUGAAAAAUUCUGUGCUGGAGGAGCCCAUCGUCAAUAAGAUAGAAACAGAUUUGGGAUACCCAGGAGGCAAGGCAAGAAUAAUCCAUAAAGAAUCUGACAUCAUUACUGCUUUUGCAGUCAAUAAGGCAAAUCGGAACUGCAUUGCAAUAGCAUCAAGUCACGACAUUCAAGAAUUAGACGUUUCUGCAAUUCUAGCUACACAAAUCUAUACCUGGGUUGAUGAUGAUGUGGAAAUAGAAAAAAAAGGGGCUGAUGAUUUCUUAGUUAUACAUGCUCGUGAUGAUCUGGUAAAUGUUCAGGGAACUACUCCUUAUACUCAUAGUAAUCCCGGCACACCUAUCAAUAUGCCUUGGCUUGGUAGUACACAAACUGGCAGGGGUGCAUCUGUGAUGCUCAAGAAGGCUAUUAAUAAUGUCAGAAGAAUGGCUUCUCAUCCAACAUUACCAUAUUACCUGACAGGUGCUCAAGAUGGUAGUGUAAGAAUGUUUGAAUGGGGUCAUGCACAGCAAAUCACAUGUUUCCGGUCUGGUGGCAACUCAAGGGUAACUCGAAUGAGAUUCAAUUACCAAGGAAAUAAGUUUGGAAUUGUUGAUGCUGAUGGAUAUAUAAAUUUAUAUCAAACAAAUUGGAAAUGUUGCCCACUUACUGGAACUUCACCUAAACCAUUUUUGACCUGGCAGUGCCAUAACAAAACAGCCAAUGAUUUUGUUUUCAUCAGUUCAUCAUCUUUGAUAGCCACAGCAGGAUUGUCUUCUGACAACAGAAAUAUUUGUCUUUGGGAUACUUUGGUUUCACCUACAAAUAGCUUGGUGCAUGCUUUUAUCUGUCAUGAUAGUGGAGCAACUGUGCUAGCAUAUGCUCCAAAACAUCAGCUGUUAAUAUCUGGAGGCAGAAAAGGAUUUACGUGUAUAAUUGAUCUUCGCCAAAAACAGCAGCAACAGUUACUCCAGAGUCAUGAUUCUCCAGUCAAAGCAAUUGCUGUUGAUCCUACAGAAGAGUAUUUUGUCACAGGAUCUGCUGAAGGCAACAUAAAGGUAUGGAGUCUGUCUACGUUUAAUCUUCUUCACAUUUUCAUCAAUGAGCAUGCUCGACAGUCUCUCUUCAGAAACAUUGGGACGGGAGUCAUGCAAAUUGAGACAGGACCAGCAAAUCACCUAUUCUCCUGUGGUGCUGAUGGAACAGUAAAGAUGAGAAUCUUGCCUGAUAGAUUCAGCCCUUUAAAUGAUGUGUUAAAAAAUGAUGUGAAAUUUAUGAUCUAAUAUUUUUCUCAGAACAGUGCAUAACAUUGCCUUUCUGCCAUCCCUGAAAAUAUUUUUCCUGGAACUAGCCAACGAUGCAGAUACACAGUGAUAGCUUGUGCCACAAAUAUGCU